AUGCGAGAGUAUAAGGUGGUGGUCUUGGGCAGCGGCGGAGUGGGGAAGUCCGCCCUCACGGUGCAGUUCGUCACCGGGACUUUCAUCGAGAAGUACGACCCGACCAUCGAGGACUUCUACCGGAAAGAGAUAGAGGUGGAUUCCUCGCCCUCGGUGCUGGAGAUCCUGGACACCGCAGGAACCGAGCAGUUCGCCUCCAUGCGGGACCUGUACAUCCGAAACGGCCAGGGCUUCAUCCUAGUCUACAGCCUGGUCAACCAGCAAAGUUUCCAAGACAUUAAACCCAUGCGAGACCAGAUUAUACGAGUGAAAAGGUGA